AUGGGAUUAUAUCAGAGAGACCUCCCAGACGGGCUCGAUGAGUUUGAUAUCAUCAUUGCUGGUGGCGGCUCGGCAGGCUGUGUCAUUGCCGGACGAGUCGCCGCUGCAGACCCGAGCUUGUCAGUCUUGGUCAUCGAGGGUGGUCGAAACAACUACAUGGAUCCAGCUGUCAUGACCCCAGCCAUGUACCUCACCCAUCUGAUGCCAGACGGCGACUCGUCCAUCUUCUAUUCGACGAACAAGUCGAAGCACCUCGCCGACCGCGAGGUCGUUAUUCCUGCUGGUGGCAUCCUCGGUGGCGGCUCGUCGACCAACUUCCUGAUGUAUACUCGGGCUCAAAGGUCUGACUAUGACUCGUGGAACACCAAAGGAUGGUCAACAGACGAACUGAUUCCAUAUCUCAAGAGACUCGAAACCUACCACGGCCCUGGAGACGCCGAGGUGCACGGCUUUGACGGCCCCAUCUCCGUCUCGUCCGGCACCUACAGGUGCCAGAAGAGCGAAGACGACUGGCUGCAGGCAGCCGAGCAAGUUGGCUACCCCGAGAUCAGGGAUUUGCAAGAUCUCAAAUCGAACAACGGCUUCCAAAGGUGGCUGCGCUACGUGAGUCCCCAGGGUAUCAGGUCUGACGCCGCGCACGGCUACGUGCACCCGCGCCUGCGCGACGGCAAGCACCCCAACUUCCACGUGCUCGUCGAGUCCAAGGUUGUCCGCGUACUGUUUGACGACGACAAGAGAGCCUGCGGUGUCGAGUACGAGCCCAACGUCAAGUUCCACCCUCUCGUGGGUGAGGCGCCGCACGUCAAGAAGACCAUCAGAGCACGCAAGCAAGUCGUCGUCUCCUGUGGUUCUUGCAGCACCCCCUCGGUCCUUGAGCGCUCCGGGCUGGGCGACGCCGCCAUCCUCAAGGCUGUGGGCGUUGCAGUGGUCAAGAAUCUGCCCGGAGUGGGAGCGGACUAUCAGGACCACCAGACAAUGCUGUACUCCUACAGCACGAGCCUGGAGCCCAUGGACACCCUCGACGGGUUCCUGCAACAGCGUGUACCGCCGGAGGAGCUCGCGGCUCAUCCUCAUCGGGGUUGGAACGCGUGCGACAUUGCCUCCAAGCUGCGGCCCGCCGAUGAGGACGUGGAUGCUCUAGGUCCCGGGUUCAGAGCAGUCUGGGACCGGGACUUCAAGAACCAGCCAGAUCGGCCACUGGUGCUUAUCGCCGUUGCGAACGGCUAUUAUGGCCAAGAGCCCGUCCCUGCAGGCCAGUACGUCACGCUCGUCACAUACACGGCCUACCCAUACUCGCGUGGCCACGUGCACAUCACUGGCCCCGAGACAACAGACCGCGCAGACUUUGACGUGGGCUUUCUCAGCGACGAGCAGGACAUCGACCUCAAGACGCACGCCUGGGCGUACAAGAAGGGCCGCGAGAUCAUGCGCCGCACCAAGAUGCACACGGGAGAGGUCGGUUCGUUCCAUCCCAAGUUCCCCGAGGGGUCCAAAGCUGCGGCUGUGCUGCUGCACCGGGACGCUGCCAACGACGAGAGAAAAGGGGACACCCUCCGCCGCCGCCGCGGCAGUGUUGCUUCGAACCUCGAGUAUUCUCCCGAGGACGACGCCGCCAUCGAGAGAUUCGUCCGCGAGAACGUCAGCACGACAUGGCACUCCCUGGGCACGGCGAAGAUGGCCCCGCGCGAGCAGCUCGGUGUCGUCGACGAGCGGUGCAGCGUCCACGGCGUCAAGGGUCUCAAGGUUGCCGACUUGAGCAUCGUGCCCAGGAAUGUUGGUGCCAACACGAACAACACUGCGCUGCUUAUCGGGGAGAGGGUAGCGGACUUCGUGAUUCAAGACUUGGCGAUCGGGGCCACUCCAUGA